UAUUAUAAAUGUAAUACACUUGAUAUAGGUGAACAUUAAAAAACAUAAUCAUAAAUCACAAAUGAAGCAAAGUAAAACAAAUGAAGGAAUAAGAAAGGUACAAAACUAAAAUGCAAAAGGAAUAGCAAAACAAAUCGAAAUCUUUUAAACCAGAGAAGGAAUUUGCUCUGUAUAUUAAAGGAAAGGUGUAGGCUGGCUCUAAUGCCAAAUUAAACAAAUAUGGAGCCUAAAAUGAAGAAUGAUGCAAUAAAAUGUUUAAUAUGUUAACGGGUUUAGGAUUAAUUGACAAUAUUAACACGGUUUCUAUUUUACGCGCAUGGAUAAAAUAACUACGCGAAAAGCCGCGUGCAUUGGCUGUGACGUAGCACGUGAACAGCCAGCCAGUAAACAAUAUGUGAAACCAUGUGCUUUUUGAUAGAUUUGUUUACAUUAGCGCUUUGAUCAAUGGCUUACCAACCGUUUAUGUUUGAGCCCGAACGUUCCGAACAUGAUAGUGAGUCGGACUUCGACAUAGGAUUAUCUUCAGGCGAUGAAUUGGAAGAAAAUGUCGAAAAUAUUGCGCGAUUGGGAAACCGAGAUUGGUGUUUGUGUGGCAAUUGCAGACCAAUGGACACGGUAAAAGAAAGUAUCUGUUGUUUAGAAGUAGACCAAAUCGGCGACAAAAUGCAAACCACCAACUUGCAGUGCAUUCUAGAACAUUAUGAUUUCCCGAUUAUAUGUUUGUAUCCAGAAGUGCUCAGGACAGCCCUCGUAGCCAGAGCCGACAUACGACGCGAUGACUACACAGAAGCAGUACCAAAUAGGCUGUGGCGAGAUCGCCAGGAUUUUCUCAGUGUAGCAUUUUUAUGUUGGUGAAGUUGUCACACGUUACUACGCAACUAUUUGUCAUAAGUGCACACUUUGAUGUUCAAUUUGGUAUAAUAAAUAUAUGAACAAGACAA